AUGCCCCAGGACAUAUUCCUAUGUCAAGCCACUUCCAACAUUGAUGCUGGUCUCAAGUCUGAAUCUAUGGACUUAGAGCACAAAAGUCCGAAUGUGUACAUUAACGGUCUGCCCCCUCAUUCCCCCAAGGAUCAACUUUUCGAACUUGCGGCGCUGUUUGGCGAGAUUAGAAGCGUUAGGGGUUUUACAAGACGCAUUGGAGAGAAGGAAAGCGGUUACGCCUUUGUCUUGUUCAAAACGUUGCAAUUGACCAAAUAUACUGACUAUCCGCUAACCCAGCAAUUGCGCCACGGCAAUUCCGGCGAGUCUCUCGAGCCACCAGAUUGGAAAUCUGACAUACAGGAAGCGGAUCAAGUAAACGUAUCGACGUGGGCAGGGUCCGAUUUUCCUCUCCGUGAUGCUGAAGAAGACUCUGUGGUUAUGUUCUCUUCCGAAACGUUGGAAAAUGUACAGAAUUUUGAUCCUGUUACGGCGGGGACUGAGAUGUGCAACGAGCUCGAGGUCACCUCUGCAGCCAUAGUAUCUUGCCCAAGCCCGCUUUCUGAGGAGGUCGAGUUGGAUUUACCUGCUGCAACGGCUCUUACUAUGUCCAUGCCUAAGUCGCCCGCUUCCGCCUUCUUGUUGAUGCCAACCAGCACUGAUGGCCGUUCAAUCAGGGAAGUAGACAACGACGAUUACAACUUCUGUUUGCAUAACCCACAUACCAGCAUGGAGAAAGUCGUGGACACUUCGACGCUCUUUGUAGGGGGACUUGAUAUGCACGGACCAGGAGCCUGGGACGAAGCCAAGCUCCAGAACUCUUUUCAAAGGUUCGGAGGGUUGCAGAACGUGAAGAUAGUCCGCCCGGCAAGCGGCAAGGCUGCGUUCGCAUUCGUGAAAUUCAACAAUACGGAGUCAGCAGCUCAAGCAAUAUAA